UCAUUAUACCAGACAGUUCCUGUACAAGAUAAAGAUGUAAUCAAUUUGAUAAAUGCUUGGUGGAGGGACAACACGUAUGACCACAUUAUACUGUCUAUAUUCUACAAUGACAUUAUCAUGUCCAGAGAAGAGAGUUGAACUCGUGAGAGAUGACUAGGCAGUGUUCGGAUUAAGCACCUCUAUGCUUGGAUAUUUGUUUACUAAAGAACUGCCAACAUGGACAUUUCCACACAAACGUCAAACGACAGUUCACCAAAUCUGAGUGAAUCUUCAAUUGAGGCCUUCCUCGUCGAGAAUAUGUCUACCAUACUCUACGUUUUAGCUGCGGCCAUCAUCAUUGUCUGCUUCACCAUUCAUGGCUGUCUCUUCUACCGAAGAUGGAAGAGACGCAGACGUACCACUAGUGCAGAAGACAAGGAGAUCGGCUGGAGUCCCAUGAGAAAUGCCAAUAAAGACAAGGUCACGGGAAGCUCCCGUGAAAACUCUGUCGUUAGCUGUACUGACAGUGAUCAACGGUCCCGAUCCGACUCCGUUCAGAUCCUGCAUGAGGCCAAAUCCUCCACCAAGUCCCUUCUGCUGGACCAAGACCUCAGCGACAGACGCCGGUCGUCUUCGAUUAGGAUCAAGGUGCUUCCUCCUCCUGCGAUUAUCCGAAGCACGAGCGGACCAGACCAGCCCACCCAACGGCCAAGCGACGAGAGUCACCAUGAGGCCUCCAAGAGGGGUUCAGAUCCGCAACCAGCGAAAGCCGCUGUUAUCGCCGAGCUGGCAGGGCUUGGCUCCAUAAAAGCUCCCACAGUAUUUGUCGCUGAGCGAUCGGAUGCGUCAAAGCCAAGCUGUGUCACCGAUAAAAUACCCAAUGAUGUGAAUUCACCCGGUUAUGCACAGAUCGGUGGCAGCUCGAGCAAUGUUGCCUCCGUCCCAAAGUCGAACAAUCUUGACAGGUCACAAAGUGGCAGUAACAGAAGUGUGCCUGCGAUUCUCCAUACACAACCAAGCGAGGAAAAGUACGACCAUCUGGAGCCUAGGGACCUGACUAAACGUGCCACCGUAACUCGGCAGAACAAGGACAGCCCCGAGGUGAAGAAACUGAAAAGAAGAUCCUAUAGUUUCGACGACGUGCCUGCCUUUGAGAGUACCGGGGAUCUUGAACCUAACUGGCAAAUUCCAGGCCCAGUCCGAGGUCGCAGUGCAAGCGAGAGUCAGCCAGUUCCAAAAUCUGUAAAAUCGCAAACCGGCGUCUCGAAACCAGACCCCGUGUACUUCAUACUGGAGCCCGGUUCGGACAUCGAUACACUAUCCAGAAAUGACAAAAGGUACCGCACAUUACCGCCCAUCAAGUCUACAGCUGGGCAGCCUACCAGCCCAAUCAAGAGAAAGUUCACCUUCAACACGCUCUUCUCGAGAAAGAGCAAAAGGACUGAAAAAAGAAAAGACAAGCAUGGCGCCCAAACGCCGCCUAGUUCCCCAAGUAAGAGCAGCGUAGAUGAAAACCAACCCGUCAUCUACGAAGAGCCGGAGGGAGUCCGCGUUCUCGACCCGACCGACCUUCAGGGCUACGCCACCGUGAAUCCAGACAGUCAACUGGAUGUAAGAGAAGAUCGUGGAGGGAAAUCCGACGGCGGAAGCCCUUCGAAAAGCAAAUCUAGCAUCCUGAAAUCAUUCCAUAAAAUUCGGACCAAAAGCAAAACGUUCAAGUCAACAUCCCAGAAAAGACCGGUGAGGAAUAUCUGUGAUGAUUUGAACGGCGCUUACGAAGUACUAGAGAUACCAAUGGGUGAUUCCGCGACCGCAGGCGGACCAGUGUAUGACACGCCUGGGUCAGAUGUUUCUGCGAACCAAGCGGCAUCGAAGAACUUGACGGUCAUCGGAACGACCAACACCGGGGCUCCGUUGAAGCAGUACCAACCAGGCUCGGCACGCAGAGAGCUUCCAAACACUCCGAACGAGUACGACGUCAUAGAGAGAGGUGCCAUCACAUCCCAAGGCGCAAUCUCAAGGUCUAAAUCCGCAAAACCCAACCUUAGAGGUGCCUCGACUAAAGCAUUGACCCAAUACGACAAACUCGGUCCCAUGGUACCAGACCGACUCAAAGCAAUCGAUAUGUCGAGGCCCUCCUCGUCACCCGAGCCAGCGAAACGUGGCACGGAUCGAGUCUACGAUCUGUUGAACCCGAAAACGAUGGGCUCCUCAGAUAUUCGUAAUGGAGGAAAACCGAGAGUCAGUCCCAAGCCACAGUCUCUCCGCGGACUGCCGAGAAGCUCGGACUACGACCUUCUCUUUUCGGGGAAGUUGUCUCGACACGGCUCUUUUUGUGCUGGACCUAAUCCCAAGUCAGCCCCGCGACCAUUACUGCGGGCUAAUUCUCUCAAACUCCGGAAGAUCAGCCCGGAAACUUCGCCCAAGCCAUCACGAAUAAAGCCCGGGAAACCAUCCCAGGUGAAGCCGCCACUAUCUUCUAAACCAGCCGAGCCUGUGUACUUCACUCUGGAUCCAAACUCAACUGCAGAACCUAUAUAGAGCACCAUUCCUUGUGCACAGAAGUUUCCUUCUUUGUACACAGAAUGAUCAAUAGGUUGGGUUUGCAUGGUUUUGAACUCCGAAGACACAUUAAAAGGGGAGGGGAGGGGGACUUGUGUUAGUAUACAUGUUUUGUCCUGCAUUCUUUGGCGAUUUGAAGAUAAUUGAGGGAUAGUAUAGUGAUUUUCCGGCUAAAUGGAGGAUUUGAAAACAUGUACCGCACAGGGUGAACAAACUGUUUGCACAGAAUUGCACAAUGAGGCCCAGCAUCAUCAUAGCCAAACUGUGUUGGUGACAAUGAACGCUAAAACACCGAACGACCGAAAGUGAUACUGAACUCCUGAACUGUCAGACAUGACAGUAAGGUCAAAAGGAGCACUGUGAAUGACAGUACUCAUAAGGCAGGGAUAGCUGUUUUGCUGAUAUUGUUGCUAUAUAUACAUAUAUAGGGAAACAUCCCGGUGGCCCUUGCCUUAUUAACAAAACCAGGAAGUACUUGGAAUCUUUGUAUAAAAGGUUUUUGUUGUAAUAACUAUGUUUACUCGGUAAGCACGCUGCUUUCAUAGACAUUUUCGUGUGACAAACUGAAUCGACUGUUGGUAAUCGAUCAGAUGUUUGAUAUUUGGUCAGAGGCAAAUGAUUUAAAACGAAUUAUAUAACCAUGGAAAUGUUAACCAAGAACGAUUUUAUCCAGAGCAUAAGAAAGUCUAGGGUAUAAUGAUAAUAGCUACAGUUUAACAUUGUUUUCAAGUAUG